AUGGGUGGCCAAGCAGCUACCAUUCGGAGUUUCGAUCUGAUUGCAGCUGCUUCUUCUAUGAGUCGACAAGUUUCGUCCGCAGAUUUCGCGAGGUCUGGCUAUUCCGGUGCUGCUAGUUUUAUGCCAGUCUACCAGGUAUGCAGAAAAGGAGCUGUCCGAAGAAGGUUGCUUCUCGGCACUGGGGUUGAGGCUGCAGCUUAG